AUGUCCCGAAAUGCUAUCCGCAACACCACCCAGAUCAACAACGCCUUGAAUGCCAUGAAGCAGAAGCUGGUCUCUGACCAGGACUACACCGUCUACGUCAGCGACGAGGGUGAUCGCUACUCGACAGUCGACAGAGCCGUGACCAGCGUGGACCCGCCAGCGUCACACAAGCCCAGCGAAGCCGAGUUGUUCCACCCCAACGGGCUUCCCAAUUGCGAGGUGUUAAAAGAACACUUCAAGCGUGAAGGACGACUCCACGAGGAGCACGCCAUCCGGAUCUUACGCGACGCUACCGAGUUGCUUGCCAGCGAGCCCAACUUGCUCGAAGUGCCAGCUCCCGUGACCAUCUGUGGCGAUGUGCACGGCCAGUACUACGACUUGAUGAAGUUGUUCGAGGUGGGAGGACUGCCAGCAACCACCUCGUACUUGUUUCUUGGCGACUACGUGGAUAGAGGGUCGUUUUCCAUCGAAUGCUUGCUCUACCUCUACGCGUUGAAGUUGAACUACCCCGACACCUUCUGGAUGUUGCGAGGUAACCACGAGUGCAAGCACUUGACUGAGUAUUUCACGUUCAAAUCCGAGUGCUUGCACAAGUACUCGGCCACCUUGUACGAGGAGAGCUUACGGUCGUUCAACGCGUUGCCGUUGGCCGCUAUCAUGAACAAGCAGUUCUUCUGCGUGCACGGAGGUUUGUCGCCAGAGUUGAAGACCCUCGAUGAGUUGGUCAAGCUCGACCGGUUCCGUGAACCUCCCACCAAGGGUUUAAUGUGUGACCUUCUCUGGGCUGACCCCGUGGAGGACUACGACGACGACAACAUCGACCAGACCUUCAUCAAGAACACGGUCAGAGGGUGCUCCUACGCCUUCACAUACAAGGCGUCGUGCCAGUUUCUCGAGCGCACGGGGUUGCUCUCAAUUAUCCGAGCUCAUGAGGCCCAGGAUGCCGGCUACCGCAUGUACAAGCAGACCAAAACCAUGGGAUUUCCGUCGCUAUUGACCAUGUUCAGUGCUCCCAACUACUUGGACACCUACAACAACAAGGCUGCAGUGUUGAAGUACGAGAACAAUGUGAUGAACAUCCGCCAGUUCAACGCAUCGCCCCAUCCCUACUGGUUGCCCCACUUCAUGGACGUAUUUACCUGGUCGCUUCCGUUUGUGGGUGAGAAAAUCACUGACAUGUUGGUGUCGAUCUUGAACAUCUGCACAGAGGAGGAGUUGGACGAGGAGACCCCAUUGGCGUCAGAAGUGGCCAUCACACCUGCUGCUGCUGCUGCUGCUGCUACCACCAGGCCACCAGUACCGCCUAAGGACGGCGCGCUCGACCCUGACUCGUUGGAAGCUAAGCGCAUCGCCUUGCGUAACAAGGUCAUAGCCAUUGGACGUGUGUCGCGAAUGUAUUCAGUGUUGAGGCAGGAGAGCGAGAAUGUGGCCCACUUGAAGGAGCUCAACAGCGGUGUGUUGCCCAAGGGCUCGUUGCUUCACGGUUCUGAGGGGUUGAAGGACACCAUCACCUCGUUCGAGGAUGCCCGUCGUGCCGACCUCCGCAACGAGGCGUUACCACCCACACCCGAAGAGCUCAAGCAGCGGGAGUUGGAGCGUACUGAACGGGUCAAGAAGGAGAUUGACGAUGAUGACAAUGCCAGCAACAGUCCUGUUUUCCAACGUCUUUUGAGACGGUUGUCGCAGAGCGGUGACCAGAGACAGGUUUAG